GGACGGGGUCUCUGAGGACGGGGUCUCUGAGGACAGGGUCUCUGUCAGCAGAAGAACUGGAGACACUGAAGGAAGCCGUGGACGAGAGGAAGAAACUGAUCCAGGGUCUGAGAGGAAAACCCUGGUCCAUGAAGAAGAAACUUCAGACUCUGCGAGAGUCUCAGGAGUUUGUGGAGAAAUAUGAAGGAGCUCUGGGAAAAGCUAAAGGCAGAAGACUUUACGCCUACAAGGUCAUGAUGACCAAGAAAUGGAUGAAGUUCCAGCGAGACUUUGAAAACUUUAAAACUGCUUGUAUUCCAUGGGAGAUGAAAAUCAAGGAGAUUGAAAGUCACUUUGGUUCUUCAGUGGCUUCAUAUUUCAUCUUCCUGAGGUGGAUGUACGGCAUCAACAUGAUUCUCUUUGGUUUGACCUUUGGCCUUGUCAUGGUGCCUGAGGCAUUAAUGGGGAAAGCUUAUGGCAGCAUCCCCAGAAAAACUGUCCCCAGAUCAGAGGAGAACAGCGCCAUGGACUUUGUUGUUUUAUGGGACUGUGGAGGUUACGCUCAGUACUCUGUGUUGUUCUACGGUUACUACAACGACCACAGAUCCAUCGGGUGGCUCAAGUUCCGGCUCCCUCUGUCUUACUUCCUGGUCGGAGUAGGAACGGUGGCGUACAGCUACAUGGUGGUGAUCAGAACCAUGGCCCGUAACGCUAACGAGUCUGGAGUUGGCGACGACAACAGCUUUAAUUUCAGCUGGAAGACGUUCACCAGCUGGGAUUAUCUGAUCGGUAAUCCUGAAACUGCAGAUAAUAAAUUUGCCUCCAUCACCACCAGCUUCAAGGAGGCCAUCUUAGAGGAGCAGGAGAACCGUAAAGACGACAACAUCCACCUGACUCGUUUCCUGCGAAUUCUGGCCAACUUCCUGGUUCUGUGCUGUUUGGCAGGAAGUGGUUACCUCAUCUACUUCGUGGUUCGUCGAUCUCAGAGUUUUGCUCUGGACGGACUGGAGAAUCACAGCUGGUGGGAGAGAAACGAGGUGAACAUGGUCAUGUCGUUGCUCGGGAUGUUCUGUCCCAUGUUGUUUGACGUCAUCAGUGCGUUGGAGAACUAUCAUCCUCGCGUGGCUCUUCAGUGGCAGCUCGGUCGCAUCUUUGCUCUUUUCCUGGGGAAUCUCUACACGUUCAUCAUCGCACUCAUGGACGAGAUCAACGUCAAAAGGGAGGAGGAGAAGAUCAUAAAGUUUAACAUCACCAUGUGGGAACUGAGUCUUUACAACAGCAGUUUAUCAGAAAACAGCACAGCUCACACUGUCAUCAUCCAACCUGCUGAUGUUCCCCGAGGCCCCUGCUGGGAGACCAUGGUAGGACAGGAGUUUGUGCGUCUCAUCAUCUCUGACACGAUGACGAUGUACAUCACUCUGCUGAUCGGUGAUUUCCUCAGAGCCGUCCUCGUACGUUUCCUCAACUACUGCUGGUGCUGGGACCUGGAGGCGGGGUUUCCGUCUUACUCUGAGUUUGACGUCAGUGGAAAUGUCCUCGGUCUGAUCUUCAAUCAAGGAAUGAUCUGGAUGGGUGCCUUUUACGCUCCGUGUCUUCCGGCUCUGAACGUCCUGCGUCUUCAUGUGUCCAUGUACCUGCAGUGUUGGGCUGUGAUGUGCUGUAACGUCCCACAGGAAAGAGUCUUCAAAGCUUCGGGUUCUAAUAACUUCUACAUGGCCAUGUUGUUGGUCAUCCUGUUCCUGUCCACGCUCCCGGCCAUCUACACCAUCGUCACCAUCCCUCCGUCCUUUGAUUGUGGACCGUUCAGUGGUAAAAAUCGUAUGUUUGACGUCAUUCAUGAGACGCUGGAGUCCGAUUUCCCCGCGUGGUUCAGUAAAGUCUUCAGUUACGCCUCGAAUCCUGGACUGGUUCUGCCCUUCAUUCUGCUCAUGGUACUUGCCAUCUAUUAUCUGCAGUCGACGUCCAAAAGCUACAAAGAAGCAAACGUGGAACUGAAGAGAAAACUACAAACGCAAAACGAGGAAAACAAGAAGAAAAACAAGCGAGCGGCGAUAAAAGCUCAGCUGGAUUUAGACGAAGCGAGAAGAGCGACAUCACGAGGAGAAGAAGAGCAACGACGAGGCAACGAAGAAGAAGAUGAAAAAAAACGAGUCCGUCACAAACUUCAUCAUCGUCUUCAUCAUCUUCAUCCUCCUCCUCCUCCUGCUGCUGGAGACCAACAACGUCCGGUCACCAUGUCUCAUCACCAUGGCAACCAUGGCAACCAUGGGGCUGCUGGUUACCUGCCUGGUUUCCCUCGACACAGUGAAGGACAGAUGGACAGACUGUCCAGUCUGCAGAGACACUGAGGACGAGGAGGAGACAGUGAGGACGAGGAGGAGGAGACAGUGAGGGCCAUGUGUGGUAUUGUGAGAUUUCCUGUAAUUCUCAGCUCACGAGACUCAAAACUUUACUUUAAUCUCACGUUAAUGAUCAUAAACAUUGUGAUUUAAUCUUAAUCUUAUAUCCUGUAAUCCCACUCCUCCUGCUCCAUUCAUUUCCUCUGACAUUAAAUCACAGCGUGCUUCUCAUCAUCCAUUCACGAGUGACACAA